AAUUUUCAAAUUUACAAACUUAAAACUAAACUACAAUAAUGAGGUUCAAUAUGUAAUGAGGUUGGAUCAUGCUGUCAAUUGAUCAAUUUCAACACUUUAUGAUUUCAUUAAACUCUUAUUUUGUCCAUAUUUUAGUCACGUGCAUAUACCGUAUCGAUAAAAGUAAUUAUUAUCUUGUAGAAUGUAGGAAAGCCUCAAAACCGAAGAAAAAGACCCUUUCAUGAAACAGAAUUCAGAAUUUAAAAAAAAGCAUUGUCGUUCACUAAAAACUGUCAUUUUUUUCAGUUCAAUCGAACUGCAGUCAAAAUGACGUCCAAUUUUUCUAUUUCCCUUUUUAUAUUUAUAGUUCUGUUACACUUUAUAAAUAGUACCUUAUUGUCAAGGUACAGAAAUCCGAAUGAAUAUUUAUCACCUUCGGAUACUCAAUUUGUUCAGCAAUUACCUGAUGACAUGUUUGAAAGCCUGGUUAUGGAGAGACCAGACCUGAGGGGAGUCCUGACGUCCGUCCGAAGGGCCAAGGAGCAGCACCCGGUGUUGGAGCCAAUGGAGAGCCAGCCCGCCUUCCGCGAGCUGUACCCCGAUGAGGACGAGGAAGAGGAAGAUGAGGCGCCCGCUUUCAUACCCGCGCCCACGUACAUACCCACGUCCAGCGCUGACUCCACCCGCCCGCCGGACUACACGGACGACAUGGACGAUGCGGACGAUGCAGACGACGAGGACCACAACCCUGGACAGGAAGAGGGGCUCGACACUGAGCAUACCAAACACAACUCUACGAGACUCUUACCUUUUAUAUCGAGGCCGGCGCAAAACAAGUCGCGGCGUGGUUGGGAUGAUUGGUUUGAUUUUUCUGGCAAGAAAGACGCCCCGUGGAGGGCGUCUUGUUAUUUAUGUAAUAAGUGGGAUCAGAAUAUACCUGUGGCUCCUGUUUGUCACAGAAUGUUCAAUUCAGACGAUUGGCGGUAUAGAACCAUGGCGAGGUUUUAUCGUGCUAAUUGCUACUAUCACCCAGAACUGCAAGAAUUUGAAAUCAGUAAGUUUGAAUGGCGUGGCUACAAGUACUCGGGAGACAAAGGUUUGAAGAGAUGGUAUUAUGGUCUGUACACUGGUGGAUGCUUCAAGAGGUUUCUGGAUAUCGGUGAGUUGUACACGGCGCGCGGGUGUCGCGCGCCCUGGCCUGACUGGCAGAAGAACUUACUGAGCCACCGUUUCCGGCGUCUGGAGGUGCUGCUGUUCAAGAGGCCCGAGGGCUGCAUCAGCAGCCACGCAGCCAGCCUCGUGCCCUUCUCUCGCGGUAUCUCGCUGUUCUCUCGUUUUCACGUUUGUACCUGUAAAAGAAGGCGGUGUAACUCUGCGCCCCCUAACAAUACUCCUACAUUAGCCGUGUUUAUAGUUACUCUUUUAUUCAUACGCGUUUUUUAGA